UCCCGGGUUGCCUUUGAUGGGGCAAUUUAGGCUGCGCGCGGGGAGGGUGGGAUGAGGUUUUCUGCCGUGGCUUUGUCUCAUUGUUCCAAUUGAACAAGUCGAUUCCUUAUUUCUUCAUCCACUCCUCAUAACACAGUAACUUCAAGGCGACAUCACUCUCACCAUGGCCGACGCUGUCAUCGACACCCUCGACAUCGCCAUCCUCGGUGCUGUCCUCGUGGGCUCUGGUAUCUACUGGUUCAAGGACAAGCUGCUGGGUUCAGGCACAAAGGCCGCCACCAAGCAGCCCCUCGUACCAAUGCAGAAGCCCAAUGCCCCCGCCCUCAAGAUCAACAAGGUCGCUAAGAGGACCCGCGACUUUGUUCAGAAGAUGAAAGAAACGGACAAGACCAUCAUCUUCUUCUAUGGAUCGCAAACUGGAACCGCCGAAGAUUACGCUGCCCGUUUGGCCAAGGAGGGAACCCAGCGUUACAACUUCAAGACCAUGACCGCCGACUUGGAAGAUUACGAUAUGAACCUCUUGGAUACAUUGCCCUCGGAUCACCUCGCCGUCUUUGUCCUUGCCACCUACGGUGAGGGUGAGCCGACGGAUAACGCUGUUGAAUUUUGGGAGCACAUGGUUGCUGGUGAGGACCUCCCCGAGUUUUCGGUCGGUGACUAUGAAGAUGCGGAGAAGCCCCUUUCGAACCUGCACUUUGUCAUGUUUGGACUCGGUAACAAGACCUAUGAACACUACAACUCUGUUUGCAGACGCGUCGAUGAGAAGCUUCAAGCGCUUGGUGCCACCCGCAUCGGCGAGCGCGGUGAGGGUGAUGAUGACGGUUCGCUGGAGGAAGACUUCCUGAGCUGGAAGGACGACAUGUGGAAGGCUGUUUGCGAUUUCAUGGGCAUCGACUUCUUGGCUGGCAACAGUGGACCUCGUCAAGCGACAUACAAGAUCCAGGAGCACUCUACUGAGGAAAUCGAGGGUCUGAAGAAGAUUUACUACGGCGAACACCAGGAGCCCAAGUUCAUGCUCGGCUCUCGUCCUACCUAUGACUCCAAGAACCCUUACUCUGCACCUGUUUCAGUCUCUCGUGAAUUAUUCACUACCGAUGCUGACCGUCAUUGCUUGCACAUGGAGAUCGAUAUUUCUGGAUCUGGCAUCACCUACCAGGCUGGCGACCACAUCGCAAUUUGGCCGGUGAAUGCCCAGCAUGAGGUUGAAAAGUUGGCCAAGGUCCUUGGUUUGACCGAAAAGCUCGAUACCGUCCUUACUGUUUCCAACACUGAUCCUGCCUCGACCAAACUGCCCUUCCCGGUUCCCACGACCUAUCGCACGAUCCUGCGUAACUACGUUGACAUUACUGCCCCACCCUCGCGUGCUUUCAUUGGCCAGUUGACACCCUUUGCUCCUUCUGAGGAGGCGGCCAAGACGUUUGCUCAUUGGGGUCAAGACAAGGAAGCCUUCCGUAUCAACGUUGCUGAUGCACGUCGCAGCUUGGGCACUGUUCUGGAAAAGAUUUUGGGCCCUGGUCAAACCCUAGAGGCUCCUUUCGAUUUGAUUAUCGAGUCCACCCCUCGUCUUCAGGCCCGCUACUAUUCGAUCUCAUCCUCCGCCAAGGCCUAUCCUACCUCGAUCCACUUGACUGCCGUUGUCCUGGACUACAAGCCUGUGGUCGCGCCCGAUGAGAUCGUCUAUGGUUUGGCCACUAACUUUUUGCACAACUGCCACGGCCACAUCAACAGGGCUGGAGUGAUCGAGCCCAAGUAUGAGAUUUCCGGACCCAGAGGAAUACAUUUGGUGGGCGACUAUGGCGUCAAGGUGCCCAUCCACGUCCGUCAUUCCAACUUCAAGCUGCCCCGUAACUCUGCUUUGCCCAUUGUGAUGGUUGGUCCAGGAACCGGUGUUGCGCCUUUCCGUGGAUUCGUUCAGGAUCGCGCUCAGGACGUGAAGAACGGCAAGAAGGUUGGCGCGACAGUCUUGUUCUUUGGAUGCCGCCGCGAGGACGAGGAUUAUUUGUACAAGGAUGAGUGGCCUGAGCUGAUGAAGGACAUCGAGGGCGCUCAGAUCAUCACGGCCUUGUCCCGCCAGCCCGGUGUUCCCAAGACCUAUGUCCAACAUCGCAUGGAUGAGUACAAGGAACUGAUCUGGGACCUGAUCCACAAGAAGGGCGGAUACUUCUACGUGUGCGGAGACGCCAAGAACAUGGCGCGUGAGGUCAACCAGAAGGUGAUUGAAAUUGCCAUGACAUGCGGCGAGAUGUCGGAAGAGAAGGCCACAGCCUAUGUCAAGGAAUUGCGCGGCCGCGGCCGUUAUGAGGAAGAUGUCUGGUCAUAAAGGAAAGGACCUGGAGACAUUUGCACCACCAUCAUAAGUACAUACAUAGAGCGCAUGAAUAAAAAAAAAAAUACAAUCUUUUAAA